AUGGAGAUCGUCUAUGAAACACAGUUCACGCGCAACCCAAAUACGAGCAGCCCCAUUUGGAGUGGCCAUCGAGCAAUUGGAUUUUCGCCGAUGAUCAACACACCAUCACUUCUGCACGACCACGAUGAGUAUCUAAAUGAAGACGUCUUUCUCCGAGGAGUCAAAAUCUAUGAAACUCUGAUUGACAAUCUUGCUAGCGUAGAAGAUAGGACUGAUUGA